CAACCGCCGCUUGCUGUCUUGCUUUUCCCUCCUCUGCCUCCAUUUCAAAACCCCAUCACCUCACUCACUCUAUAUAAAUCUCCGAUCUCGAUCUAGGGUUUCUAUUGUUUCUCUUCUCUCCUCAAGGAUUGAAUCGAAGGACCGAUCGUCUAGGGUUUUGCAGAGCGGAGGCGGAGGAUUCGCUUUGGAGAGCGAAGAGAGAUGGAGAAGUACGAGAAGCUGGAGAAGGUCGGGGAGGGGACGUACGGGAAGGUGUACAAGGCGAAGGACAAGGCGACGGGGCAACUUGUGGCCCUCAAGAAGACCCGCCUCGAGAUGGACGAGGAGGGCAUCCCUCCCACCGCCCUCCGCGAGAUCUCCCUCCUCCAACUGCUCUCCCAGAGCAUCUACAUCGUCCGAUUGCUGUGUGUGGAACAUGCGGUCAAGAGCGGGAAGCCCCUUCUUUACCUAGUGUUUGAGUAUCUUGACACCGAUCUCAAGAAGUUCAUCGAUUUCCACCGGAAGGGCCCAAACGCCAGGCCUCUCCCACCGUCCGUUGUUCAGAGCUUUUUAUAUCAGUUGUGCAAAGGAGUUGCCCACUGUCAUAGCCAUGGCAUGCUUCACAGGGAUUUGAAACCUCAAAAUCUUUUGGUUGACAGAGAGAAGGGCAUUUUGAAGAUUGCUGAUCUUGGGCUAGGAAGAGCCUUUACGAUCCCUCUUAAGAGCUACACCCAUGAGAUUGUCACACUAUGGUAUAGAGCUCCUGAGGUUUUGCUAGGAACCACCCACUACUCAACUGGAGUUGAUAUGUGGUCUGUUGGAUGUAUAUUCGCUGAAAUGGUGAGGAGACAAGCACUUUUUCCUGGUGACUCAGAAUUGCAGCAAUUGCUUCACAUCUUCAGGAUGUUAGGGACUCCAACUGAGGGACAAUGGCCUGGAGUUAGCACUCUGCGGGAUUGGCACGAAUAUCCACAGUGGAAGCCCCAGAACUUGGCACGUGCAGUUCCAGGCUUGGAACCUGAAGGCAUUGACCUUCUGUCGAAAAUGCUUCAAUAUGACCCAGCUAACAGAAUAUCAGCUAAAGCAGCAAUGGAACAUCCUUACUUUGAUAGCCUUGACAAGUCACAAUUCUAGUGCUUUUGCUUCAUCGUUCUGGUUUUACUGGGAGCUCUGUCACUCCAAAGCCAGAUUCGAACAAAAGAGUGGUUGUUUGGCGUGCACGGCAACAAUACUAGUUGCUGCGGUGUGUGACAUCCUGAUUGAUAAAUGUAUUUUUUUUAGUUGUCAUGGCUUUAUGUUGUUGUAAGUGUCAGCUCGAGCAAUGAAAGUUUGCAUGCCAUCAAUUUAAGAUUUCUCUUAGCACUCAUCUUUUUAUUAGCACAUCAAAUCCUUGAUGCUUUGCAAUGUCAUUAAAACGCUUGAGUUGGGAACUAGAAAGAAGGUAUGUGAAAAAGGUACGAGUGCUUGUAUGUUCAAAUUCCUAAAAUGUUUGUUUGGCGCUGGACA